UAUAAUUUGAAUUUCAUUAUGGAAAGAGAAGUCAAGCUUACUCCCAAUUACAUCAAAACGGUGUCCAAGAAGUUCGACCUCAAAAUUGUGUUCCUCCUAGACAUCAAGAAGCAAGGCGUAACAGCCAUUGGUAGUGUGCCCGAGUGCACCAACCUGCUGAUGCUGGACCUGUCUCACAACAAAAUUUUGAUGCUCAACGGCAUCGGAGCCUGUGUGGCUCUGACUCACUUGAACGUAGCCUACAACAAGCUGUCGCAGCUGAGUCCGCUCAAAGACUGUAGAGAACUGGUGACGCUGAUGGCUCAGGGCAACCGCAUCAAAGACUUCAAGAACAUCGAAAGCUUGAGCUGCCUCAAACACCUAUCGAACUUGUACUUGAAAGAAUUUUCGGGAGACGGAGCCAACCCAGUUUGUGAUGAUGACGACUAUGCAGAACACACGUUUGAGGUGCUUCCGAGUCUGUUCAUGCUGGAUGGACAAGUGCGAGGCCAGGUUGCGCUUGAAGAACCUGAAGAAGGCAAGUUCGAAGCAGACUGACCAGAGUUCACGAACAAAGAGCCAUGGUAUUCACGUGAAGUUGAGCGACCGUUCAAUGUGAAGUAUGAGCUGAGCACCGAACUCGAGCAGGUCGAAGCAGCAGAAGACACGCUGAGGAGCAUUCUUGACGACUGAGAAGGGAAGUUGAAGAAGACGAGGUCGAUUUAUAAUAUUUAAGUUUCAACAACAGGUUAA